GGUGCGCGCCCCCGCGGCAGUCGCGUGGUCCCCGCGCGGCUCCAUAUUGCGGCGGCACCGGGGUCGGGGGGUUCCCGGCGGGGCUCGGGGGCGCGCAGAUGGCGACGCAGGUGGAGGCGCUGCUGCCCGGCACGGCCCCGCUGCUGCCCGCCGAGGAGCGCGCCCUGGUGCUGAAGCCGCCGCAGGACGGCGGCCGGGAGAAGGGCGAGCCGCCCAUGGGCCCCGACGGCGGGCCGGCGGCGCCGAGGCCGCCGAGCGCUAAGCAGCAGAAGGAGGAGAGCAACAACCAGGAGAAGGAGAGCCUGCUGAGGGCCGGCGGCGAGGCGGAGGACGGCGGCGAGGCGGGCGGCGCGGGGCGCCGGGAGUUCAUCGAGGCCCCGCCGCCCAAGGUGAACCCCUGGACGAAGAACGCGCCGGCCGUGAACGGGCAGUCGCCUCCCGAUAUAUUUCCAGCUGAUGGCCAGUCUGAACUUUCAACUCCAGCGAAAGUGGUGAGGGCUGCCAACCCGAGACAGAGGAAAGGAAGCAAGGUUGGUGACUUCGGUGAUGCCACAAAUUGGCCAACACCUGGAGAAAUAGCCCACAAGAGUGUCCAGCAGCCACACAAAGCACCGUCCCUUCGGAAGCUGCCUGUCAAGAAAGACAUGAAAGAGCAGGAAAAGGGGGAUGGGAGCGAUGGCAAAGAAAGCCUGAAAACCAAAUCUGAUGAGUCUGGGGAGGAGAAGAAUGGUGAUGAUGACAACCAGAAGUCAGCCCAGAAGAAGAAAGGCAACAAACACAAGUGGGUCCCUCUGCAGAUAGACAUGAAGUCAGAGGUGCCUAGGGACAAAACGGCCUCUCGGAACAACCGGCAAAACGAGCAGCACAGGCACCCCUCCAACAACCGCAGCGAGCUCAAAGGCUGGCACCCCGACAACAAGCACGAGCGCAGCUGGCAGGACCACGAUGAGACCUCCAGCGUGAAGAGCGAGGGAGGGGCCGUGCGAGGAACCUUCCGGGGCCGGGGACGCGGCCGGGGCAGGGGCCGGGGCCGUGGCAGAGGAGGGCACUUUGACUACCAGUAUGGAUACCGGAAAUUCGAGGGCUCGGACGGCUCCCGCACCCAGAAGUACGCCAGCAACAUCACCUACUACUUUGACAACAUCAGCAGUGCUGAGCUCUACAGCGUGGACCAGGAGCUGCUCAAGGACUACAUCAAGAGGCAGAUAGAAUAUUACUUCAGUGUGGACAACCUGGAGCGGGACUUCUUCCUGCGCCGCAAGAUGGACUCGGACGGCUUCCUGCCCAUCACGCUGAUCGCCAGCUUCCACCGCGUGCAGGCGCUGACCACCGACAUCGGCCUCAUCAUCAAGGCUCUGAAGGACAGCAAGGUGGUGGAAAUCGUGGAUGAGAAGAUCAGGAGAAAAGAGCAGCCAGAAAAAUGGGCUCUGCCUGGCCCUCCUAUGGCAGACUACACACAGACAGACUUCUCACAGUUCAUCAAUUGCCCUGAGUUUGUGCCCCGGCAGAGCUUCCAGAAGGAGACUGAGUCUGCUCCAGGCUCCCCACGUCCUGCCAGCCCAGUCCCCACCAAAACAGAGGAGGUCAGUAACCUGAAGACAAUGCCCAAGGGCCUGUCCACAAGUCUGCCAGACCUGGAUUCAGAGACAUGGAUUGAAGUGAAGAAGAGACCCCGACCUUCCCCAGCCAGGCCCAAGCAAAAACCAGAGGAGUCAAAGACACCACAGCAGCAGAAACAAAAGGACCAAGAUGAACCUGAGGAGCUCGACUUCCUCUUUGAUGAGGAGAUGGAGCAGAUGGACGGCCGCAAGAACACCUUCACCGACUGGUCAGACGAGGACUCGGAUUACGAGAUCGACGACCGCGACGUGAACAAGAUCCUGAUCGUGACACAGACCCCGCCGUACCUGCGCCGCCAUCCCGGCGGGGACCGGACUGGCAACCACACCUCCAGGGCUAAGAUGAGCUCUGAGCUGGCCAAGGUCAUCAACGAUGGGCUGUACUACUACGAGCAGGACCUGUGGACGGAGCAGUUUGAGCCAGAGUAUUCGCAGAUCAAGCAAGAGGUGGAGAACUUCAAGAAGGUGAAUAUGAUCAGCAGGGAGCAGUUUGACACCCUGACCCCAGAGCCCCCCGUGGAUCCAAACCAGGAAGUCCCUCCUGGUCCCCCCAGGUUCCAGCAAGUACCUACAGACGCUUUGGCCAACAAACUCUUUGGAGUCCCCGAGCCUUCCACCAUCGCCCGCUCCUUGCCCACGACCGUCCCAGAAUCGCCCAACUACCGCAACGCCAGGACGCCCCGCACGCCGCGCACGCCGCAGCUCAAGGACCCGACGCAGACGCCCCGCUUCUACCCGGUGGUGAAAGAGGGCAGGACGAUAGAUGCCAAGACUCCGCGGAAGAGGAAGACGAGGCACAGUUCGAACCCUCCGAUGGAGUGCCACGUGGGCUGGGUCAUGGACUCCAGGGAGCACAGGCCCCGGACUGCCUCCAUCAGCUCCAGCCCCUCGGAGGGGACUCCGGCUGUGGGGAGCUAUGGCUGCACCCCGCAGUCCCUGCCCAAGUUCCAGCAUCCCUCACACGAGCUGCUCAAGGAGAACGGCUUCACACAACACGUCUACCACAAGUACCGGCGGCGCUGCCUUAACGAGCGAAAACGGCUGGGCAUUGGUCAGUCCCAGGAGAUGAACACGCUUUUCCGGUUCUGGUCCUUCUUCCUCCGAGAUCACUUCAACAAGAAAAUGUAUGAGGAGUUCAAGCAACUGGCUGUGGAGGAUGGGAAGGAGGGAUACAGGUACGGUCUGGAGUGCCUUUUCAGAUACUACAGCUAUGGGCUGGAGAAGAAAUUCCGGCCAGACAUAUUUAAGGACUUCCAAGAGGAGACCAUCAAGGAUUACGAAGCUGGGCAGCUCUAUGGGCUGGAAAAGUUCUGGGCCUUCUUAAAAUAUUCCAAAGCCAAAAAUCUGGACAUUAACAGCAAACUGCAAGAAUACCUCAGCAAGUUCAAGCGCCUCGAGGACUUCCGAGUAGAUCCACCCAUGGGGGAGGAAGGUGGACACAAGAGAUACCCUACGACGUCGGGGGGAGAUGGCAGGAAGCGCUACCCAUCCCAGUCUUCCAGCAAAACGGUCAGCCAGUGCCCAUCCAGCCAAGCCCACGCCUCACCCAGCCAGCCUGCACAAGAGGAUGCCAAAAACCUGAGCCAGCAAUCCCCUGCCCCAUCAGCUGCAGAGUCGCAGACAGUGGGGAAGUAGAGAGGCUGCAGUGUCCGCUUCCUGCCGGGGGUGGGGGGGUGGUGGGGAAUGGCUCGGAGAAGGGCAGACAUGAGGGGGUGGGACAGGAAGGGAGCUGGAAGGUGGGUUCCCAGGAAUAGGCUGCUUGGGAGAAACUUCAACGCACACGAUUUUCUUCUCUUGUGGCUGGAAAGCAAAGACGAUCUGCAUCCAAAACACCAUUUUGCUAUUACUACCCUGACCAGAGCCAGACCCGCUCCCACCAGACCCAACUUUUUCCCUUCUCUCUCCUCCUGUGCACACACUCAUGUCUUGAUGUCUCUUCAAAAAAAAAUGUGUUCUGGCUGGGUUGGAAAGGGGAGAUUUUUUUAUUAUUAUAUAUAUAUAUCAAGUUUUAAAUUAUUGCUAGAAGUUCGUCUGGAUUUACCAAAACAAGUCUGCUCUGUGUGGCCCCAACGAGUCCCCUCUGUGUCCCCCUCGGAUCGCGGGGCAGCCGCUCAGGAAGCUCGGAGGAGCGAGGUCCCCCAGUGGGGGGCCGAAGCCACAGCGUGUGACGAUGCUGCGGAGCCUCUGAUCUCCAUGACCCGGCUGGCGUCUCCCACUCCCGCGCGGCGCUGCCUCUCCAGCCCUGCUCGUCCUCCCGCUCCCUCCUCCCCAACGUCUUCACCUUCCCGAGGGUCUGGCUCUCCCUCUGUGCACCUCUCCCUUCUGUCACGGACAAUUUGGAAGUCAACCAAAGGACCUUUGCCGAGGAUAGGCGUGUUGUGACUCCUUCCUGCGAGGAUGGCUGGUUGGGAGGCUGGCAGGCACCCGGACUCGAGCCUGUGUGGACGGUGCACCCGCUGCCCCAGGAAUGCCCAUCGCUUGCAAAGACAGGACUUUGCUGAAGGAGCUUUUUUCUUCCUUUUCCCUUGGAAAAAAUGACAUAACAAAAAAAAAAAAACCACCUACAAACCCCUCUAAAACAACAACAGAAAAACUCUUUAAAAAAAGACACAUCUCCCUUUGCUUUCUUCCUUGGAAAUAUUACUGAAGAAAAAAAAAAGAAAAAAAACAAACAAAAAAACCCCAAAAACACACAAAAAAAAGUUGCCUUAUGGUGGAGCUGGACUGGGGAGGCUCGUUGGCUUCCUGCACCCUGGGGUGCACUGGGCUCUUGGCCCCCCCCAGGCCCAGAGACUCCUCACGGCAUUGCUGCCGAGCUGAUCUUCCUGCGGCCUUUCCUCCGACCCCGCAGCUCGCUCGGAUGCCUCCCCCAUCACGGAGCCUCCCUGCCAGGCCCGAGUCUCCUGGGGCAGGGGCUGAGGGCACUCACAUCCAGGACUCGUGCUCAGCUGUGUUGGUACUGUGGCAACCUUGUCCCCACCACAGCGACUGUUCUGUCAUGGCCUUGCUCCCACCCCAGCCCUCCCGGGGCAGGAGGUGCCUCUGCUCCUGUCUGUGCUUCCAGCGUGGUUGGGGAGUGAGCAGGGAGAUGGUCACAGCAGCUGGGGGCACUGCUCCUGGCUCUGAGCGAGGGCUGCUUCUGCUGUAGCCCGACAGGGAGUGAGGCAGCCCUGGGAAAGCUGCCCCACAGCAGUGCCUGGCUCAGGGCUGCUGCUGGGACUUGUGCAGGGGUGAGCAGGAGCCCUGCCUGGCUUUCCUUGUGUGUUGUGUUGUGGCAGGCACCUGCAUGGAGUCUCCCACUCAGGGCACAGCCCCUGUGCAUUUCCAAGGGCUGAGAUGACACCGUGUAGCUCCUUACUCAGCUGAGGCAGGGGGUGACUGCAGAGCUGCUGUGGCAUUUGCUUGAUUCAUCCUUACACCCAGCAUCAGGUGGACUUUGGCUGCCAGACCCUCCCCAGGCUGUGAGCUGGAUCCUUUGUGAGGGGUGUGUGUCAGGCAUGAGAUCUGGGAGAUGUCCAGUGCUACUUCUGGAGAUGCUCCAGAGGUAGCACUGGAAAGUUGUGUUCAUUUCCAGCCAGACCCGCUUGCCUUGCUGUCACCCUGCUCCUUCUGCUGGGUCCCUGGGCUACCAGGCUUGGCUGUGGCUCAGGCUCCAUCCCUGUGAGCACUGGAGCUGUGCUCCUGUGUGCAGUGUGGAUGCACCACCCCAAGGGUGCAGCUCGUUGUGUUGCUCUUUCUGCAAAGUCACAAGCUGGUACUGAGCAGUUUUCCCAAGGGAUCCAGUUGAUCCAGAGCUGUCUCUUAGCUGGGAGCAGUCAUCAUCUCUCCAUGGCUGUCCCUGUGUGGCUGCAGAGUGGGUGGUGAGAGCAGCCAGGAGCUGAGCAGGAGCAAGAGAGGAAGCACAGCCAAGCUGUCCAUCAGCAGUGGCUGUGGGUGCUCGUGGGGCCCUGGCUGAGGCCAUCACUUCCCAGGGUGACACUGCCUGCAGGAUGCUGCCCUGUGGGGGCAGGUGGGCUGGUCCAGGUGGAGUGGCUUCACGAACUGCUGCUAGAAUUGAAAGCACAGCUGGGUCUGAGAGGCUGGGGAGCUGCUGCCUGGCUGUUUCCUGGUGGUGUGAUCCUGCCCUGGUGCAUCCACCCCUGCCAUGCCACCUUGCAGCAUCCAAGGCUGUGGAUCUCCGUUAUGGCAGCAGUGCUCUGGGGUUGUGGGGAGGGAACUGGGCAAGAUGGGCAAAAGUAACACUUGUACAGUGCUGUGGCCGUGACUGUUAUCUCUGGAUUUCCCCUCUUGUGAGCUGGAGUCAGAUCUCUGAGGUUAUAUUUAUAGGCAGGUUUGUCCCAGAUUUGGGGAGGAGGAGGCUGCAGAGUCGAUCAAGGACAUUGUAGAUGUGUUGCUGGCUGUUGGCAAGUAGAGGCAGGUCUGGAUGUGCCACAGGUGAUCCUUGCUGCUGUGUCUGUGCUCCUUUUGUUGGCGUGUGUGCGUGGCUCUCUUGAAGCCAAUUGUCUGCGUUUCAGCAACAAAUUCAUAGGAAAUGGGGAGGGAUGAGCUGCUGCUAUGGAGUUGUUGCUUGUAGAGCAGACUGUGAAAUUGCUUGGGUUGUAGAAGAGGUAGGACAUUUCCCAGAGAAUUUCCCAAAACACUUGAUUUUAAAUAAUUUUUAAUUUCUGAUCCUGAGGCUCUAGUCUUGGCAUGGAAGUGUUUUCCCUUCCCCCUCUGCCAAGUCAGUGGUUUGUCACACUGGUGUGUGCACCCAGGGGAAGGUGGGUCAGAAGAGCAAUCCCAGUGGUCCCAGUCCCUCAGGUUUGUGGACCAUGUGCCUUGUUUUGCCGUCCAUGGGACAGCAGUGGGCAGGACAGAGCAGAGAUGGACGUGACAGCCCGAGGCAGCUGCUGCUGGCUCACUCCUGUCUUCCUGCAGGGAAGGGAGCACAGAACCAUUCCCUCCUGCUCCAUGCCAGGGUGGUGCUGGCAGAGGGCAGGGAGCUCCCCGGGUGCAAGGCUCAUGUCCCCACUGGGUAAAGGGACAGCUCUCCAGAGGGGUUUGCGUUUGAGGAAGCUCUUGCCCUUCUGCAGAGGAGGGAGUUAGGCCUUGCUUUUAGUUUGAAUGCCUCAGCUCCACCAUGUGUUGUGCUUUUUUGAAUUUUAGAGGACUGAGUGGUUGCACACGUGCUCCUGUGAGUGCUGAUUGUCCCACAGCCCACGAGAACUGCGUGGUGCUGGUGUCCAGCACUGGCAGAGCCUGGGGGGAGCCCCAGCUGCUUCUGGAAAGGCUGAGGGAGGCUGAGUCAGGGGAGCAUUCCUCAUCCUGCCCCUCUUCUCAGGAGGUCCUCCUUGCCGAGGUUAACUUGUUUAGGAUGCAGGUGGCUGAAACAGGUACACACCACAGCUGUGGUGUGGGGUCAGAGUGGAGGAGGUGGAAGGUGUGCUUUUGAGGAGGCUUUGUUGCUUUGCUGUGCUCAUUUGGGAAAAAAAAAUUAAAAAGUAAUGAUGCUGCUGCUCUGAUUUUGCCUGUCCAUCUCUUCUGCCCCCCUGGCACCUCUGAUGGCACCUUCUCACUGUAGCCCAUGGAGUCCCUGAGUUUUGGCACCUGCUGGGGACUGAUUGUUGUACUGUAACAAACUGAUGUGUUUAACCUCAGUGUCCUGCCACGUUCCACGUGGCAGUGCAGAGGGGGCCUUCUUGCUGUUAAUGCCUUCCCAGUUAUUUUAUCAAAAGGAACAAAAGGAAAAAAAAAAAGGAAAACUGUAAAUGUAGCAAGCUGUGUUUGCAAUGCUUAUUAAUAAGUCUCCUGUCUCUGAGGCUGGUUAUGUCACUUGUCACUGUUUGAAAUGAAUGCUGGGCUCUUCCUGAGAGGGUUGUUACACUUGAUGUUAAAUGCCUCACUGACUUUUUUAAAAGAUUCCAAUACAGGUAACAGAUAAGAGUUUCUUUCAUUUUUCUUUUUCUAAGCAAACGUUCAUCUCGGUGUUGUGGAGCGGCUGGCUGGAGGGCAGCAUUUCCAGGAGUAGUUUACAGUUUCACUUUCUGCAGACACUUGAACAUAGGACCGAUGUAUCUGUGACAAGCACAUCCCCUUGGUGGGAAGCUCCAGAGGAGCAGGGGGUGCCCUGGGUGCCAGCUGGCCCCUGGGGAGCGUGCUGGGGUCCCUCCAGCUCCCCACGCUGUCCUCCUGCUCUCCCCAGCUGGCAGCCCUGCACUGGGGUGGCUCGUGCCAGUGGUGCCCCUCGUGGGAGGGGGUGCUUGGCACCACUUGGUCCCUCAAGCCUCCCUGGUGCAGCCCUGCUCCCCAUCUUCCCCCUCAGCCUGUCCUGGUCCCACUGGGCUUGGAAACCUUUGGAUCUGUGGCUCAGAGACACCCACUGAGCUGCGUGCCAGCGAGUGCAGCCUUCUGCUCGCUCGCCUGGAGCUAAAGGGGUGAUGGUUCCAUGUGCUGGCCCUUCUCAAACCCUGUGUGUCCAACCUCAGCCUUCUGUUUCCCAAAACUAGAGAGUGUGUGCAACCUUCUUCAGCUGCAUUUAUAGUAGAGACAAACUUAAAAUGACUCAUCACAGACCAUGUAUCACUUGGGAGGAAAAUCUUGUUAAUACGGCCUGCUGUACAUGAUCCAUCUCUGUCGAUAGUACAUAAUCUUUGACCCAUGUGCUAGGAUCAUCAUCACGUAUAAAAGGAAAAGAGAAAAAUGUAAAAUACUUGAAUGAGAGCUUGUAUUAUAACAUUAAUAUUAUUCAGAGUAUCUGCUUUCUAGGCUGAUGUGAUUCAUUAUUCUAGUAAUGCUUUAGUCCUUUGUAAUUUGUGGUAAUUAUGCUUUUUCCUUUUUAAUACAAAAAAAUGUAUAAAAAUAAAAAGUUCAAAAGACA